CUGCAGUCACAUUGUCAUUGCAAUGAAAUAUAGCACAGAGUAUAGAAGAGCACGGCUUUAGAAAGACUUUGGUAGAAACCAUGCUUAGAAAUCUGUGCUCGGGUGCCUUUUCUCGGGCAGUUCUAGCUGAAUUUUUAGGCACAUUGUUAUUUGUAUUCUUUGGUCUUGGCAGUGCAUUACCUUGGCCCUCGGCAGUGCCCACUAUCCUGCAGAUCGCACUAACAUUUGGUCUAGCUAUAGCAACAGUGGUCCAGACAAUAGGACAUGUCAGUGGUGCUCACAUCAAUCCUGCAGUAUCAUUGGGCUUACUGGUGGGAUCACAGAUCUCAGUCCUGAAGUGUGUCUUCUACAUCCUGGCUCAGAUGCUGGGAGCUGUGGCUGGAGCUGGCUUACUCUUUGAGUUCACCCCAUCCAAUAUACGAGGGAGCUUCGGGGUCAAUGCGCUUAGCAAUAGCACCACUUCUGGACAGGCUGUAGCUGUGGAGCUCUUCACUACUAUGCAGCUUGUGUUGUGUGUUUUCGGAACAACAGACAGCAGAAGAACAGACAAUACAGGAUUUCCAGCCUUAUCCAUUGGUUUAUCAGUUGCUUUAGGACAUUUACUUGGGAUCUACUUCACUGGCUGCUCCAUGAACCCUGCAAGGUCUUUUGGCCCUGCUAUAAUUAUGGGAAAUUUUGAAUCACAUUGGAUCUUCUGGGUAGGCCCCAUGUCCGGUGCGAUCUUUGCUGCCUUAAUCUAUACUUAUCUUCUUACACCACCUGCACCAAAUCUCCUAGAUAGACUAUCCAUCCUGCAUGGUAGUUUUGAUCCAGAACAUGAACGUGAAAGAGAGGAACACCGUAAGCACUCAGUGGAACUGAAUUCUCUUAACAACUAUUCAAAGAACAUGGAUAAAGCUUAAGGUCAUUGAUAAAGAAUGCGUCAGAUAUUACAUCAGGAAAAACAAUCUGAACAUUAGCAUACUCAGAAUCUAUUUCUAAUACAAGCAGCCAUGUUAUGGACUCAUUGCACUUGGAUCAACAACUCUUGGCUCAGGUCUUAUAGCUGUACCUGGAAACCUGGGACUUCUUAAGGUAACCACAACUCUACUUCUUGGAGACACCUUUAUUCUUCAACGGGAUGUACUAUUCCUACUUUGAAUAGGAGCAUUGGAGGUAUUUCACACCUCAAAUUAACAAAAUGUACAUACUAAAUAAUGGUGGGAAAUGAUACUAUUAUUAUGCUCCUCUCUGAACCCGAGUCUGAUAAAAAAAAAGGUCCAUUCCAGACCAGUCAUUCCCAACUAGGGUUGCUUGGAACUCUAGAGUUCCUCCCAAUCUUACUAGGGGUUCCAUGAGCUGUAGCUGGCUGACCUCUCAUCUGAUGGUUCUUGUCUAGUUCAUUUGGCAGAGCCUGAUGAAUGACUCCAGUAAUCUUUCAGCUGUCUGUAAGGAUGGCAUUCUGAACUACACUAAAAGGGGUGCAUUUUCUUUCACUGAUCACAAUGUAAAAAUACAUUUUAUCCACUGAGCCCCACUUGCAAUUGCACAAUGAAUGCACAGAAAAUAGAGAUAAAUGGACCCACUAUUCCAGAACAUAGCAAUAACUGAAGUUUUGGAUGGACGACCUAAAUGAGUGGGCUAUUUAAUUAAAUAAAAUUUUGUAUAUAAGCUGCUGCAUAUCGAGUGAUAUUUUUUUAAUAGAACAUAAUGUUUUAAUGCCUAACAAAAAAGUUUUCACUAUGAACUGGACCCUUGGGGUUGAUUUACUAAAA